AGAAACCGAGCCUCAAUCUUGUACUUUCUUCUCCGAAAGGUUAUCUGAUGAUCGAAUUUGAGUAGUACUUUGGUUCCCAAAUUCUGCAUAUCUAAACUAUGGGAUCGCCCGUUGUAGUCUCCUUAAGUGCAAACCCUUGUCGUUUGGUUACUCCUAAAAUCUGCAGAAUUUCUUUGAGACAUUUCAACAAACAGCCUGUGGGUCAGCUCUCUACUGAUAACACCUUCAAAAAGACGCUGCAGUGUCCACUCUUAACUGCUACGAAUCGUUUCUCGUCAAGAAACAGGACCCAUCUCGUUCAACCAGUCAGAAGUUCGUAUUCAGAUACCACCAACUCCAUUUUUAAUAAGCCUGUACUGAGCAAUUUCGAGAAUUUCUCGUUUGAUGCACUGAAAAAGACCCUUUACGAGUUAAACCCAAUUAGGGUCUGUAAGUGGGUGUUUCUAGGGUCGAUUGCAGUUGCGUCAUUCAAAUGGGGGAUUAAUACUUUAUUGAGUCCAUUCUUUUGGAUGUAUUUUAGCUGGACCUGGGUGUUCUGGCCAUGGUGCAUUGCAAUCGGUCUUGCUAUAUAUGGUAUUUAUGGAUUCAGCAAGCACAUAAAGGGGGAGGCUGGUGAACUUGAGCAACUUGCUAUAGUAACUUCUGCUUUCACAUGGCUAACAUUAGUACCACCUGGUCAUGCGAAUGGGUUCCUAGAAGGGUGGCCUUUUGUCUUCUUCUUUGUGUAUCAUUAUUUUUUUUUCCUCAAUGUCAGUAUCCGUAAACGCCUGUAUGGAGAUUUCUAUCCUCGAGAACAUGAUCCUAAAUGGGAUAUUGGGACUCCCAUUUGGUGUCGUGUUCUCUUUUGUGUUGGAGUCAUGGCUGGGCACUGGUUUGCAGCAUUUGAAGCGCCACAACUUCACUUAAUUCCUGGAGGUUGGAGCAAUCUGGGGAUUUGGGGAUUGAUAAUGUCCACAGUGUUAUUGCAGUAUCACUCUACAUUGUAUCUUGCAAAGUAUUCUGAAAAAGUAGUGGUGCCAACUGCUGUUGUGCAGUUCGGGCCUUAUCGUUGGAUCAGGCACCCUAUAUAUGCAUCUACUGGGCUUCUCUUUUUGACUUACUUCAUUGCACUACGUGCACCACUCAGCUCCCUUUUUAUAGUUGCGGUUUGCCUGAUGUACUAUGAUCAGAAGGCCAAAUUAGAGGAGGCUUUAAUGUUGGAGACUUUUGGAGACGGGUACACUGAAUACAUGAAAAAGGUUAGGUACAAGUUUAUCCCUUUUGUUUAUUAAAAUUUCCCCAUGUACAUCAAAUUCUUAGACAAAGUUAGUAUUGGAAACUGGUUUUUGAUCUAUUCACAAAAGAGAGGAUGAUAAACUAGAAAGAGUGCUUUGUUGAGGGAUAUUGGAAUUAGAAAGUAUGGAUUUUGGAACAAGGACUAUGAUGCCUUCUUCAA